ACUGGAAACAUCUAGGCUGGGACCGAACUAGACGGAGAAGUUUGUUGGGUGAGGCCCUAGUUCACACAGGACUGUAGGGCCACCUUAAGUAAGUAACUAAAUUUUUUAAAUAAUCAUAAUCUUGUUUUUUAACCAAUUCUUUGAGGAAAUACAAUUAUUUUAUCUAUCUUCUAAUUCCUUAAAGUGUUGUUAAAAAAAUAAGUUUUACAUGAGCUGACGUUUUUACAUACAUUACUUUCAAGUCUUCUGCCGAAAAUAGUCCUUUCUAAAUGGCUAUGUAUUACAAAAAUUAAACAAGUCUAAAAAGUCAAUAUAACUUCCCCCUAAGUUGUACAAACAAUUAUAGUAACAUUAAUUAAACACACAUUAUCACGAUACAAUGUCAAUUAAGCAAUUUAAUUCGCCUUAUCUAAAUUCCCUGAUCCUUGUUCGAACACUUAUUUAUUUUAUUUCUUAUUCUUCUUCAACAGUCCUUUAGUCUAAAACAAAAAUUCCAUCAAAAUGGAUGUAGUAUUCGCGGCUAUUAAAGUAAUUAUCACAACUAUUGUUAGCUUUGGAUUGGGUGCAUACGCGUACAAUGCCAAAACUGAUAGAAUUCAAAAAUCUACAUUCACUACAGUUUAUACAAUAAUUUUAAUAAGUACAUUUUGCACAAUUUAUGUUCAAGACAUAAUCAAUCAAGCUAUCAAUGGUGAUUUCGAUAUUAACAAUGUUGGCAAACUGUAUUCGAAUUUAAACAUUGUUGCCGGUAUACUUUCGUUUAUAGUUCAUAUCUUCUAUGUUCAGCGACAUAUUGAUUUCAUAAAUGAUAGCAGACCUCAUUUAGCUAAUAUUAUAGACUUUUUGGACGAUAAUGAUGGACGAAUAGAGAGAGGUGUUCUCAAAGUGGCGGUAAAAGUUUUUCUAUUUCCCAUCGUGCUGGAGAUAGUUUUGAUUCUACGAUCUAUGCAUUUCUAUCCGGAUAGAAAUUUACUGUGGACAAUUUAUACACUAAUUCCGUAUGUACUUCGAACGGUACCAGCGACAAGUGUCUACGGCAUGACACUUUUAUGUGCGGGUUUUAUAGAAGUCAUGAAUUUGCGUGUCAAGCUAAUUGUUGACGAAGUCAACCGAAUGAGUACGCACAAAGAAUGGCUUUGUAAGACUUCGUUCCAUCGCAUGCAACGUUAUUGUGAUCUUAGCGAUAAAAUAGAUAAGCUUAAUUAUGUUUAUAAUGUUAUUAUCGAUGUUAGUAAUGAACUUUUGGAUUUCUCAUCGCUGCCCUGGCUUUGUUCGAUGAUGUGUAAUGUGGUUGGUAUAAUGUCGGGAGCCUUUACGCAAUACAUGAGCAUUGCGGAUGCAGUCAUCAGUGGCAAGGAGUAUGACUAUUAUAAUGUUAUGACGGAUUCGGCGUUUAUGCUGAUUUCGCUAAUGGAAAUUCACACACAAUCAGGAUCAUGUGCAACAACAAUUGAACAAAUUCGUCAAACGGGAAUCAUUCUAGGUCAGGCUGAUACAACAAAAGCAGAUGUAAGAAUAAGGCAAGCUUUUGAAUUUUUCAAUUUGAGCAUACUUCAGAGAGACUUCAAAAUUAAACCGUUGGGAUUGAUUUAUGUCGAUUGGUCGCUGCUUCAUGGGGUAUUUGCAACAGUGACUAGUUUUUUACUGAUACUGAUUCAGGCAGAUUUGUCGAGAAGAUUCCUACAGUAGGUUAAAGUUGCAUAAAAACACCAAUCACUGAAAAGUCAGCACACUAAUAAAAUGUCACCUGCCUUGCUUUGGUUUUGUUUUAUAAAAUUCGGUAUUUAGAAUGAAAGAAUUGUUGUUAAGAAAUAAAAUGCACACCUCGAUCACAAGA